CCCGUGAGUGGCGGAGGCGGAGGCUUGUCAGCCGUAUGAGCGAGUCGACCUCCUCCGCCCGUGAGUCCCGGCGUCCCGCGGCCCACUCCCCGAAGCUCCGCCCCCUCCCCCGCUACUGGGGAUGGACCGCACAUUCCUCACACUCCGGAUCUCUGUAGUACUGAAUCGCCGCGGCGGAACGAAAAGGAGCCGAGGACACGACGGAUUUGUACGGCACAUGAAGAGUGUCAAGGGCACGUCAAUGUUGGGUCGAGGUGUGAAGCGGAAGUGGAGCAGCCUGGAGGGUUCAGAGGUCGAGCAGCUCCCCGACGUCGCAGCGACGGAGGACAAGAGGCCAGACGCGGCGUUGGAGGACUCAGAGGAGGAGGACAGAGGGGACCGACGGUCCAGGACCGACGCCGGCCACCUGCAGCAGCGGCAGGUGGUGCUCAGCCUCUGCCUGAAGAAGCUGCAGCACUACCAGGCCGGCGUGGAGCUCAGCCUGCGGCGCUCCGUGCUCCUCAUCAACACGCUCAGGCAGAUCCAGGAGGAGAUGCAGAGCGACGGGACGGAUGUGCGGCUCGGCGGCGUGAGCCGCGACGCGCGCCUCCUCAGGGACGACUUCAGGGAGGACGAGUCGGUCACGUGCCCCGGCUGCACGGAGGGAGACGCGGAAAGUCCGUCUCCCCCGCCGUCCCCUGAACCGACAAACACCACACCCACUGACCUACAUAAACCCCUGCCCAACGCUGUCGGUCACACCUUUAGCGAUGCGGGAAGCGCCAUGGGCUACCUAAGUGACCUCGCCCUGGACGAUAUCUUCGAGGACAUCGACACGUCCAUGUACGAGUCUUCGGAGCUGCCGUCCGCCUGGGCGGCCGGCUCCCUGUGGCCGGUCAGCGUGUCCUUCUGGCCCGACGACGACGACGUGAAGCUGUGUUCCUCGGUGGGAAGCCUCCAGUCGUGUCUGCUGGACCUGAACGAACUGGACCACAUCAUGGAGAUUCUGGUGAAGUCCUGAUCUCCAUGACAUCGUCAGGUGCAGCCGGUUGAUCAGGGGUGUGAUGGUUCUGGAUUCUGGACAUUUCACACUCUGAACAUGUGCAGACAUGAAGCUGAAGGACGCUCAUCCCUCGUUAACGAGGAACCACAUAUGCACUUAUUGCUUGUGCCUCAAAGUAGACGAGAAAUAUUUAUCACAACUUUAGUAUAAUUUGCAUAUGAAUGGUAGAUGCACCGAUCCACUUUUUUCACAACCGAUAACAAUGCUGAUAUCGAUACUGAUAUCUAAGGUUCAGAUCCGAUCCGAUGCAGAAAAACAGCUGAAUUGACUUAAAAUUUUUUGUUUUUUUAAACACAGAGAUAAAAUGUGCUGAAUUACAAAUGUAUUUGCUAACUCGGCACCGGUACAGCUCACUGAAUUACACCAAUAGCUUCACUAGCUUGGUCAAAUAUGGAAAAACAUUUGUUCAGUCAGUGUAAUUAGGCGUGGAACAGCUGAUAAAACUGAUAAAAACAACAGGUUGACUAUUUUAGUCGAACAUGUAAAAACCAACUGCAGCAGACCUUCUUUAAAAUGGUUCAGAAAGAGAAAUUAGGAAUUCUAAAUAUAAUGUAAAAUAAAUAAUAAAGCAGCAAGCAUAGAAUUUGACUGAGUAGAUCUGCCUUUAUUGAUUGGGCACAUUGUCCCUGAUAGCCAAUCUAGAAUUUUUUUUUCAAUAUUUGAACCGAUAUGGAUAUUAAUGUGGGAUCAGUGCAUCUCUAGUAUGAACAUCUAUGUACAUACAGGCGUUGGCUUAUAUGCGAGUCUCACAGUAUGUUAACCUUGAACAGAACAGUUGAACAGUUUUAUGCGGUUGUGACGCUCCUUUAUGUUUCCACAUGCUGAUUGUUCAAGUUUUACGUGACUGGAAUUAUUUUCGAAAAUCUGAAAAUGUUUUGUUUUUUUGUUUGUCUUUUUUAAGCGGUGGAAAAUGCAGUAGCCUUCUGUUAGCCAACAGUAGGGCUGUGUUCAGAAACAAGUGGGGGAGGGCUGCAGGCUCUGUUUCCCUCUGCAGUACAGUUUUGACCGGAAACAUUUGAACAUUUUGGACUCGGUGUCAAGUUUUCGAUUUGAGAUCAGCAGAUUUGUAGGCGACACUAUCCGUGAAGUCGAACUUCUUGUAGCAAAGCUCCUGUUCCGCUUUUAGAAGCGGACCAGGAGCUUCUUCACCUUGACAACAGAUUGUUUUAGCAGUGAGGCGCACCAAAGACUAUGCCAUGUUUGUGUUCCUCCACUCAGACAAAGCGUAACUUUUCGGAGAUCUGCUGUAGUGAAGCUCUGUGGGUCAAACGACAGCUGUGGACGAAGGAACCCGAGUGGCCAUGGAAGGUACGUCACUCAGUCUGUCAGAUCAGAUCUGGGUUGAUAAUUAAUUAAAGUUCCUUCAGUUACUCAAGAGGCUGUGCUUCAGCCAGCCAGGAGGGCAAAGGCCUGACUUUCCUGUUAGUUAUGGGACUGAAAGCUUUCUUUUUAUGGAAUGCCAAAAGCGCCACAAUUAAAAAAAACAAACAAAAAAAAACCUUCAUUAUUGUUUAUCUAUGUCAUGUUAAAAAUCUAAUUGAAAAUAGAAACAUCAUCUGAAAGAUUAUUUAAAUAUACAGCAAACUUGAAUAAUUAUAUUCACAUGUAUUUUUUAUUUAUUUAUGUUAACGCUCCCAGGGCAUCAAGUGCAUAAUUUAAUCUGUGAUGCUAAUCAAAUAAACCUUUGCAUCUGAUUGGUCAAACCUGCACACCAGCUAAAUAUGCCAAUAGUACUAGAGUUUUUAAAUUGCUGUUGUGUAAAAUAACAAAAACAAAAACUAUGAAAUCAAAUGGACUUUUUACAUUUUUAAAAUUAUAUUUCACAAAUAAUAUGUUUGUGUCUGAAUUCAUUACACUUGUCAUUUAACAAUUUAUUUAUUAUUUUAGUUGUGGUACUUUCGGACUUCCAUAUACUACACCAACUUGAGCCUUUUUGGAAGAAAAAAAAAAUGUUGCAGCUGUGUUGUUGAGUAUUUUACUACAAUCAUGUGGUUGAAACAAAAUCCAGAUGUAAUUUUUAAAAAAUGUUUAUCUUUUUGCAUCAAAAAUAAUAAGAGUUUUUCUUCUUUGGUAUGUAAAAGGUGAAAAAUUGGGUUUGUUGGAAUGUUUUAAUCUAAUGUUAUUUUUUUUAUUUAUGACUGAUAAACCGGCCUCAAACUGCAGUAGAUGUGCGAGUUUAUUGUGUGAGUGUAAGGUUAGCUUAUAAUGUUAGUUUGUUUUGGUCUCUUGGUGCAAUGGCUGCUGUUGACACAAACCUAGCAGUUAUUGUUAUGGCAGCUUGUGUUUUGGGAAAAUCCAGCAUUACAUACAAGCAGCAAAAUCAUGAACUGUUAAUUUUUUUUUUUUUUAGAGAAAAAUGUAAUCCCAGCUGUGAUUGACAAUAGGAAACUUAGCCAUGUCCUAAAAUUGUAAAUUACAACAUUUAAGCCUAUGUACUCUUAAGGCCUUGUGCUUUUUGUAUUCCAGCGGUGGGAGGGUUUUUUUUUAAGAACAGUUUUGUACUCGUUUCUACCUGAAACUGCAAUCUUGUGUCCAGGAAAGGGGGAGAUGGGGGCCCAGGGAGCUAAUCACGACCUCGAUCUUCACUAUUUGCUGUUUGCUACCACUGCAUAUUAGCGCCUUUGCAAGUAUAGGGGAGAAAAAGUCGGAGUAGAUUUCUGAGACAAAAACUCAGAAAUUCAGAGAUUACUCUCAGAAAUAUCCGAGCUUGAAAUGUCGAAAAUUUCAGAAAAAAGAUUUCUAAAAUUAAUUUAGAAAAAAAAAAAACCCUCAUAAAUCUCUUCAGUUUGAAAAAUCAAAAAUGUCUGAGAAAAAACUCAGAAAUUUGGGCUUCAUGUCAAUUUCUGAGGGCACGUUUUUUCCGGAAAUUUACUCUUUUUUUUUCUAUCUAAAUUGGCCCUAAUACGCCGCCGUAGUUUGCUCUUCUACCUGGCGUUUGUUGCUAGUUUACCUGGACACUCCUGCUUGACCUGCGCUUCUCUCCUCAGAACCAUAAGCCGUUUGGCACAUACUUUUUUUUUUGCUUUAUUAUUUACAUUUUUUUCUAACUCUGCUCUCCGACCAAAGUAACACCCUCCCUCCUCGUCUCUUGUGGGAAAUGUGCCUUACUACUGAACCCAACAUGUUUAUUUGUGCGGAGCUUUUUUUUUUGUUGCUCUCUAAGCUUCUGCCUCACCGUAAAGAAACCGGAGACGAUGUUAUGUAAAGCACUCAAAAGCAGGGACUGUUUUUUUCCCCCCAUCCUCAUUCUCCUUGGCCAUUCUCUGCGCUCGCUGAAUACUACAGGCAUAUGAGCUUAAUGGAUCCUGACAGCGAACUAGCUGACGGAGGAGGAGGUGCGGAGGAAUAAACAAGAGGAGGAGGAAGCAGUUUUUACGUCAGCGGCUCAUUAGGGGGCGGGAGGUUUGGAACUUGUUUUUUUGCCCAGAUUCAGACCAGCGACCAAUCACAUGAGAUGGGCGAGGAGCUCCAACAACUUGUUGUUUUUUGCUCCCAAUGUUCAGUGUAAUACAGCUCGAUUGUAGCUUAUGAAAAA